CGGCCUUGCUUUAUGAGAUAGCUGGAGAGUAUUAAACCUUCUUCAUUUCUCACUUCGUCUCUUCUACUUAGUAGUACUCUUUCCAUUGGAUCUAUCUGUCUUCAACUUCACGAACUCUGGUAGCCUUCCUUCCGUCCGCCACGCGACCCCGCUAAGCACCCACCCAUCUUCAACAUGGGAUUGACCGAGAUCCGCAACGUGUGUAAAGUGUCUUUGGAUAUCCCGGCUGAAAAGCAUGAGAAACUGCAUAAUAGGUGGCAUCCUGAUAUCCCAUUUGCCGGUACCAUUAAAAAUGGGGAAACCGUGAAGAUCGAAUGUCUGGACUGGACAGGCGGCCAAAUUGGAAAUAAUGACAGCGCGGACGAUCUCAACAAUGUUGAUCUUACAAAGAUCCAUUACUUGUCGGGACCGUUCGAGAUUGAGAGCGCUGAGCCUGGAGAUGUAUUACUUGUGGAAAUCAUGGACGUCCAGCCUCUACAAGAAGCACCUUGGGGCUUUACCGGUGUUUUCGCCAAAGAAAAUGGAGGAGGGUUCUUGGAUGAAUUCUAUCCUACAGCAGCUAAGGCUAUCUGGGAUUUCGAGGGAAUCUACUGCAGCUCUCGACAUAUCCCUCAUGUCAAGUUCCCAGGUUUGAUCCAUCCAGGUAUCAUUGGUUGUGCACCUUCAGCAGAGGUUUUGGCGACAUGGAACAAGCGUGAGGGGGAGCUCAUUGCAGCAAACAAGUUAGACAGGAUUGUUGCCCAGCCUCCUAACACUAAAAAUGCGCAUGCUGGUAGCGCUUCUGGAGAUAUCAAAGAAAAGAUUGCUCGUGAGGGAGCUAGAACGAUACCUGGCCGCCCUGAACAUGGUGGAAACUGUGACAUCAAAAACCUCAGUCGUGGAAGCAAGGUCUACCUGCCAGUCCAUGUGCCUGGAGCUAAAUUCAGUGUCGGUGACUUGCACUUCUCUCAGGGCGAUGGAGAGAUCUCAUUCUGUGGCGCUAUUGAGAUGGCCGGUGUUAUCACGAUUAACUUCAAGGUUAUGAAGAAUGGCAUGGCCGACUUGGGCAUGAAAUCUCCCAUGUACCUCCCGGGACCAGUCGAGCCGCAUUACGGACCUGGCAGAUAUUUGACCUUUGAAGGAUUCUCCGUCGAUCAGCACGGAAAGCAGCAUUACAUGGAUGUAACGGUUGCAUACAGGCAAACGAUUCUUCGUUGCAUCGAGUAUCUCCGCCGCUUCGGGUACUCGGAUUAUCAGAUAUACCUACUCCUAUCCUGCGCUCCAAUCCAAGGUCAUGUAGCGGGAAUUGUCGAUAUCCCUAACGCCUGUACUACGCUUGGCCUUCCAAUGGACAUUUUCGACUUCGAUAUUUCGCCUACAGGCCCCGCCAAGAAGCUCGAUAUGGGCAGCUGUGCUUACCCCACCGGUGUCAAGGAAGGUGAGGUGACUAUGGGGGGUGCUAAUAGUGAGAUAAGUUGGGGUGGUGGCUUGACAUAUAAAGAAAAGCAGUAGUUGAAAAUCAGAAGGUCGUUAUACUUCGAGUGAAAUAUGAUCAAGUUGGAAUAGAAACACGGUUUAAUAUGUUAAGUUGAGAUACAUCAAUUACCAUGUUAUAUCAGAUCAGGUUGGUUUAUCUUCUCUGGUGGUUUGUUUGCAAACUACAGACACAAUUUAUGACUGAGAGUUAGCUUCAACUCGAGAUUGCAAAUUAGAUCUCGGCAAGUUUCUCAUACCUCAUAUAUGCUUCAAGCUAUCACCUCCGUCGUCGGCAGCAGUGUUGGAUUUCCCUUGUAAAUGCAAACACCUCUGAAAGACACUUCGUUCACUCGAGUCUAAACAAGAUAAGAGAGGGGUGACUGUUCUUUACCAAGC